GUGAAUGGCGGUCUCUGUUGAUCUGCUACAAAGAAAUCGUCAGGAGUAAAGACGUUAUCGUAGAUUGCUCUGAUCAGCUUAGAAGUCACUUUAAUUCACCAAUAAUCCACAUAUCGUCAGUUUGGGAAAUAGUUCGAUGUUGACUACUGCUGGAGAGAUGCCCAUGUGAGGUGGCUGCUCUGUCCAGAGAAUACCGGGUAAACUGACCAACCCGUGUGCAGGAUUACGUGGGGUGCUGAUGUUCUGUUCCCGAACUUAGUUCCCAGUGUGUAAAACAUGUAACCAGAACUGGAAGACACAAGCAGACGUCAGUGACCGCCAUGUUGGAAAUUCAGGAUUAGUACCGAAUUUGAGCUCUUGAAGAGGAUUUAUUUCACUGAGAAAGUUUUAUCAUGGGCAGACAGUGUUAUUCGAUAAAGGAUAAUGUGCCAUUGGAAUAUUGUACCAGAAAUAUGCUUUGAAGCGAAGGUCUGUGGUCCGACCUGCAGGGCUGACAAGAAAUGCUGGAAGUACAAAACACUGGAGCACCACUGGCUGCCAUUGAUGCCCCCCACUAUAACAGACGUGUCUAAAAGAGAGGAAUAGAGGAUCGUGGGAUAGAUCAAUAUGGCCGAGGUGGAAUCCCUGGCGGAGGCAGCUCCUCGUACGCCUCAGCUAACAUGUGUAUCAAUCUGAUACCACCCAACAACUUGUACAAAAAGUUUCAAUUGAUUGAAUACACUUUCGCUAAAACCUGAUUUUGACCGUAUGGCAAGGAAGGAUUGUUAUUCGUGUUGGAGGAGGAAGAAUAUCGUGUUUUUGACUCCUCAAUAACCGAGCUUUCUACAAGAAAGUCGGCGAAGAUGACGCAGAAUAACUGAUUUGCCGAACCUCAUCGUUAUAUUGGAUACCUUGUGUACAGAGAUGAGGAAGUGAGACUAACGAGGAGAGAUGUGUUAUUGAAAGAACUAGUUUUUGUGGAACGGCUGUGCGCAGGAUUUGAAUGGCUUAGUGAAGGUAUCAACAGUUGUCCAAGACAGGAGGAUUUGUUGCGAGUUGGAUCAGGGUCAUAUCCCGUGGAUUACUUUCAAGGAGAAGGUGCAGACCAACGCCCAUGUUGAUGGAACCCGCGUCCAGCAUGUUCGACGUCCAGAACAUCUAUGGCACACCACAAAUACCACGCAAGCGACCAUGUCUUCGACCAAGACGAAUGACGUUAAUAGACCUCAGAAAUGUGCCACUAACAGAAGAAGAUGCUCCGCAGCGCAAGUCAAGUGCCGGCACCAUCCGCUCCGAGGGCGGAGCCAGCCAGUACUAUGCCAAGGGCGGAGGCAUAUUGCCGGUGUAUGAUAGCUCCUCCAGCCUGGAGUCCCGAUGUAGCAGCAGCAGCAUGAAGAUACGACACCACUCCAGUGGAGUGUUCGACGGCUCUACACGCUUUCCGAAGCUGGAGGAAUGUGCUCAUUUCCACUAUGAAUCGGUUGAACUGGGACCUCUCGAGGUCCAGCUGUGUGAGGAAGAUCGGGAGAACUACCACCACAAUGAGGAAGAGAAUGGAGAAUACUCGUACCUCCUCCGCGUCAAGUCCAGCGACAAAACGUGGAACGUACGGCGGACGUAUGGCAAUUUUCGUAUGCUGGACCGACAGCUCCACAAGUGUAUCUUCGACCGCAAGUUCAGUCAUUUGUCGGAACUACAGAAAGAGGUGGACUCCGGCAAGAACAACAAGGAGUUGGAGAGGGCAUUGAGGAGGUACCUGAAGCACUUCUCCGAGAUUGCUGGAAGUAUGAUCAACUGUGGGUCGGUGCUCAACUGGUUGGAGAUUGACAAUCGGGGUAACCGGCUGCUGGCUGUGGACGACUCGGGCAUCAACACACCAGCCAUUGCCGCUGCGCACGUCGUCAAGCGCUACAAUGCUCAAGCUGUAGAUGAAAUAUCUCUCGAUGUGGGUGACAUUGUGUCUGUGAUCGACAUGCCUCCAGCGGAUGAUACCAUUUGGUGGCGCGGGAAGAGAGGGUUUGAGGUUGGUUUCUUCCCGAGUGAGUGUGUGGAGGUGAUCGGGGACAAGGUGCCGCCGUCCAUGGCGUCGCGCAUACCCCCACCCCCAGCGUCCAAGAAGCCCUUGAUGAAAAAGCAUGGCAAGUUGAUGUCCUUCUUACGGACGUUCUUCUCCACCCGUCCAGCUCGCAACCAGCUCAAGCAGUCAGGUAUCGUCAAGGAGAGAGUCUUCGGCUGCGAUCUCGGGGAACACCUCCUCAACUCUGGCAACGAUGGGGAGUUGAUCCCACUGGUGCUGAAGAGCUGUACGGAGGUGAUCGAGAAGCAUGGCAUCGUUGACGGCAUCUACCGCCUCUCCGGCAUCACCUCCAAUAUCCAGAAGCUCCGGUUGGCGUUUGACGAGGACCGUGUGCCGGAUCUGACGGCCGACUGCUACCUGCAGGACAUUCACAGCAUCAGCUCACUUCUCAAGAUGUACUUCCGUGAACUCCCUAACCCCCUGCUCACAUACCAGCUGUAUGAUAAGUUUGCUGAUGCUGUGCGGGACGAGGACAACAAGCUCCUCAAGAUUCACGACGUGGUGCAGCAGCUGCCUCCCCCUCACUACAGAACCACGGAGUACCUGAUGCGGCAUCUGGCCCGGGUGGCAGGCUUCGGCCCCGACACUGGCAUGCAUUCCAAGAACCUGGCCAUUGUCUGGGCACCCAACCUUCUCAGGUCGAAGGAGCUUGAGAUGGGGGGCGGGGCAGCAGCCCUGCAGGGGGUGGGGAUACAGGCCGUGGUGACCGAGUGUCUCAUCUGCUACUGUGAUAUCAUCUUCAGUGAUAAAAUGCCUUCAUACUCAUCGCCAGAGCUACAGAAAUCUCACAAGAAGCCGCGGCCCAAGUCCCUGGCGAUCUCCACCCCCACUCGUCUGCUGACCCUGGAGGAGGCGAGGGAGAGGGCCUUCCUCGGGGGACUCAACCCCAACCAGCGCUACAUCGACGUGGGGGGCGGCCCUGACAGUCUGCCUUCCAAAUACCACACGGUCAUCGACCUCCCUGGAUACAGGAAGAAGGCCAACACGGUGAAGGAGACAUCGUCCAAGGGCAACAAGAAGUCGCCGGUGAGCGGGUGGAAAUCCUUCUUCUCCAAGCCCCGGGCUGGCAGCAUCAAGAAGGCCCGCAAGUCUAGCAUCCAGGGCAGCCACAAGGAGCUGGACACAGUGAGUCUGGGUGGCGUGGGGUCGCGCCAGGCCAAGGCGCUGACGGAGGAGGACGUCCACAACUGGAAGAAGAGACUCCGGACGGCCAAGAGUGCCGAGUCUCUCCUCUCGCUGGCCAGUUCUAGUAGGAGUUCAAGCAGCAGGUGCUCCAAGGUCAACGACAACCUCAUGGUCGUCAACGUCUACGGAGAAGAGAAGCACCCACACACAAGUCACCACAAGCGAUCCCUGUCGUCCGACGCCACCGCCAUCCUCCAUCACCAUUCCUAUGACAACCCUUUCACCAACAGCGGGCGCGAGGUCCCCAUCGACGUGGAUCUGUCAGUGACUCCUCACGAACAAGGUAUUGAGCCUCGACAGGCCGGUCGAAGGUCAAGGUCAGAGAAGCGUGGGGAGCCUGAGAGAAAACAGUCGUUUGUUCGUGGGGAUUCUACCAGGAAGGCCUUACAUCGAAGGACACCAUCAGCUCCUAACACCCCCCGCAACGAUCGGAGCUCUAGUGAAUCUCGCAAAGUGUCAUCUCGGCACAAAACGUCCUCUCAGCCUUCGUUAGAGAGCCCCCACCUAGAGCUGGGCCGAGAUAUGGACUCCUCCCCCGACAGCUAUGAUGAAGAUGAGCAGACGGACAAGUGGCUGGGCAGUCUGCAGGGCGACUCGCCUCAGAUUCAAAGAAAUGUGAUUCGCCAGAAUGGUGACGGUAAACCUCCGAGGUCUAGUGAGGAGAUCAGUCCACAGAAACGCUGCGCUAAGAUGCCUCCGAUUGGUAGAAAGAAACAGAAGGCGAAUGUUGAGAAAAAUAUCAGCCUUGGUUCCAGCGAGGAGGACAUCUUGACUGUGCAGCUGCCUGCAAGUCCUGGUGCUAGGAGGAAAGGGCAGAAUGAUUCCGAGAAAAAUGGUGACAAAAAUAAAAAUGAGCCAAUCAUUACUCAGUAUUUCUACUCUCGGCAUCAUGAUUACGCCGAGAUUCUGUCGGAUGAGGACUCGCAGCAAAAUGGGAGUCCAAAAGUUCGGGAGACAAUGAUCAUGGGGUCUCCUUCUAGUAUGAGUGAGUUAAUUGAUCAACUGGACAAUAAGUUGACCUCCACUGGUAUGCAGUACGGCAUAUAUGAGACAAUACCUUCUCCCCCUGAGAAGACUAUCAAGAAAGCCGACCAUGAGGGAAGUGGUGGGAAGGUUCUGGAGGAGAAGCAUGCUCCUCCGAUGGAAGUGAAGACUGAACACCUUCCCAGCCGCCCAGUCGAAUUUCGGGAAAUCGGUCCCCAUGAAUACAAGGAAAUAAAGACACCUGAGUCCAAUAAAAGUUUGAACUCUGAAAUCAAAACGUUGGAGAACAAUUUACAGCAAAUGCAUCAGAGUCAGCCCCAGCACCAAAUGUCCAAGUGUUUAAGUGUGCCGUCAGACAUCGCUAAAUCAUUAGAGAAUGUGAAUGUGGGCAGUCAGUCAGACCUUCUGUCGUCUGUGACAAUCAGUGAACUGUCUCAGUCUGUCGACAGCUUCAACCUGAGCCUCUGUGAUGACAGCCCAAUGGGAGAGGCUCGGCGGCGGCGGAGCGCUUCUCUAGACAGCCUGACAGACUCCCCGUUAAGCCGCACUCUGAAGGAGAUUAACAUGCAGAUUGACAAUGCCUUCAAGAGGAAUGUUGACCGUGCACUGGAGAUGGAGGAGGAGGGGUAUGGGCGGCACGAAAGCCCUGUCGACGAUCUCCCCCCUCUCCAUAUAUCAGAGGAUGUGCUCACACCUACAAACCCUCAAGAGACAGAUUUCCCCAGUGAGAUCCCUGACUAUGCUCGAAUAGACAAAUCAAAAACAACAAGGCAUGCAGCAGAAAAACAGGAGAGUGGUAGUUUUCCCAAAAUGAGGUUCUCACCUGUUGAUCAAAUUGAGAUUGUUUCUGGGAAUGUGAAAGUAGCUCCCCCAUCAGCUCAAGAACCACAGCAAGACCGGACUGUCCGUGACAGUGUAGUGAAUGGGCAGACCAGUGCUGUGAGUUUCAGUGAAAGAAACAACAACAGCAAACAGACUUCCAUUGUUAAACCAACUGACUUAAAAAUCGUAGCUGCUCCAAGGGUGCUGAAGGCUCCAAUGAAGUCUUCCGGUGAGUGUGGUUCUGGGUCGGGGGCUCAUGUUGCGGAUAUCUGUGCUCAGGAAAAUUCCUCCUCCUCCUCGACCUCCUCUUCUGACUCGGAUUCAUCAACAGAGACGGAGUCGGAAGACAACAGUGAGUGCAGCAUUGAGUAUGUGUGUCACAACAACUCUCAGCCUCCAAAAUUUGCCACAGGCUUCCCACAAAGUUACUCCGAAAGCCACAUAUCUGCCUCGGUGAAAAGUUCUUUGAGAAACAGCAAUGCCAGUCUGCCUGGCUACAGCUCUCCUGGCGGCCGGGACUCCGACAUGGUGGACCAGGACUCCGUCACAUGGAGGGACAGUCCGAUAUUCUCCGACAGCGGCAGUCAGGGAACGCCCACUGGAACACUGACAUCUCAAACACCAAGAGCCAACAUCUCCAGCCCUCAAAGCAUGGGAAGAUCCAGUCCUAGAAUCCCAUACACAGCAAGCAGCAGUUCAGUGGAGAGUAGUCCUCGGCUCAGUCCGCGAUCCUCUCCCAAUGUGGUACAGAACCUGGACUACAGGGGGAGUCAAGACAGCCGGUUCGGGGGAGACAGACUGGUCCUGCCGGGAGACUUCUACUGCACUGGAGGUCAGCCUGGAGGUCCUCCCCUGUCCCCGACCUCCAGGCACCGAGACCCCCAGUAUCCUGGCGUCAACUACCACGGGGGCAUCCCCCCCAGCCACUUUCACAUGUCUCCGUCACUCCCUGAAGUCCACGUCGUCCACGACACUCUCACUGUGGAGAAACCUACCAUCAAACGAUCGACCACUGAGUCGAAACUUGCUGACAAAACGUCACAACAGGUUUCAGAGGAAUACUCUUCUAAAACAUUUCCCAGGAAGGAUCCAGAAAAACGAUUCCAUCAAAGAAUGGCAUAUAGACAUGAUCAUGACAGGAGUAGCGAGAUGAUGGAUGUGGAUCACAUGUGCAAUAUGUCUGACGGUGUGCGGUCAGACCGGACAUCACCCUGUUCUGUUGCUUACAGUAUUGACUCCAGUGGUGUGCGUCAGCACCCCCAGUGUGGGGAUGUCGGCACAGGGGGAAGUGUGACCCCCGACACCUCAGUGACCUUCACCCUCAACCCUCAGUCAUCCUCGUACCACUCUGAGGUGAUGGAGGUGGAGACGUCACUGACGCUGUCAUCCGAAUCAAACAGUCACAAUUAUGUUCACAGUAGUUACAAAAAGUCUGAAAGUAGGGGAACUGAAGUUGUAAGAGUUCAAAGUUUUGGUGAGGUCCGGUCAGAAGUGUUUGAAAAUGUGUUGAAUUCUGGGAAGGAAGUGAUGAUGGGAAAAGAACCUGUGUCUCACCUGAGUCAGAUUCCUGUCAAACGGGAAAGGAAGUCAGUGCCCGUUCCAAAGAAGCGCCAACAAAAACAUGCCCCACCCCCUGAGUGUGAUGACAUGCCCCCUCUGUGUGGGGGGUCCUUGAUGGCCCCACCCAUUGUGAAAAUCCGCUCCCCCUCCCCACAACAAAUACCCGACCUUGCUCCUCCAAGCCAAGAGGUCAUGGAGGUCAAAAGACCCACUGUGAAAAGAAGUGAGAGACAGGAAACUCCCCCUCUCACCUUCGGCCAAGAUAAUAUUUCUAGGACAGUAAUUGUGAAAGAAAUUACAUCUGAAAAGGGUGAUGCUAAGUUAGUGAUAGAAAGACGUCCAAACCUUAAAAAGAGUAUACAGACUGUUCGUGCCAAAAAAGUUCCACAUCCGCCUCGACAGCUUGCAGAGGCUAUGGAUGAUAUGUCUGACUCUGUGACCCCUGACCUCUCCAGCACAGGUCCUUCUGAUGCUGACCCUUCAGGAAUCUCAAGUCAGGAGGACGAUGUGUUCUCAGACAUUGACUCGUAUCGCCAGCGGCAACCACUUCAUCCUCGGUUCACCCCCGACCCGGACGUGUUGAUGAUAGAAGAGGGCAACAUGGUUCAGUUCUCUCAGCCCCUCCACGUGAAGACAUCCAAGCCUGUGAUGGCAACCAGACAUUUCGAGGACAUGAUCGGAAGCAGGUCGUCCCUGGAUGAAUCGGUCCUCCAGCUUGCAGCUGAACGCCAUGACACUUUCGGACCUGAAGAUCUCGAUUCUGAAGAAUCUGGAACCUAUCACACAGGAUCGUUGCGAGUGAAACGAAGUCAGAAGAUGCAGUCGUUGAUGGAUCUGUUUGAGAAGGGGUCCGACCAGAAUCUGGCUGAUAGUUCGAGUCCCAAUGAAGACUGUCAGCCUUCCCCCCAGUUGUCCAUGUCCCUGCCAUCCAGCGCUUUGAGAAGCUUGGACGGAGACAUGGACACCGAUGACGAGGCCUCAGCCCCCUCGCCUCGUCUCGUACACACCAGUCUCAGUCGGAGGUCACGAUCUCGCGAGAGGAUGAGGCGUAGCGGCAUGGGCGCGGACAAAGAGAACAGGAUCACAUCAAGGAGCCCUACACCCAACCGGCAGAAGGUUUUGCAUGACCGGGCUGUGGAAGAGCGUCACCCUCCUUCAUCCCCUGCUGAGGUCGGGCGUGAGUACAGAGCAAGGCGGAAAGAGAAAUACAACAACUUCAGUAAACCCCCCCGCUACAGAAGCGGGUCACAUGGCCGCACACAGAGUGAAUCAUCAACGUCAGAGUCAGAAGGGUCGCACUACAUGGACGGUUCCUUCCACAGCCGGUCGAGUGACUACAAUGCCAGUUCCGGUAGCGACACAGUGCUGCGGGACAAGAACAGGUCCCAGGAUUGGUCAGACCCAAGGUCACAUGGCAUCAAACAUAAAAGUGAUGAAAGUCCUCAAGAGAAGUCCGGACCAGGAUUACAGAGACGGGGUAGCAUCAAGGAACUCAUGGAUUAUUUCGAGAGACAGAAAAAUCAGGAAGAACAAGGUCAAGUACAAAAAGAUGAAAGGUCACCUCCUGUGAAACCAAGGUCAACACGAGGUCGUGUGCGAAGUGUGUCCCCGUGUCAAGGGGCUGUGUCACGCCCUGCCGUAGAUGCCCCCACCCCUCCCAGUUACAGAUUCAGUCUUGAGCUCCCUAGUUCCGCAGCAAUCACCAUCAAUGAGGGGGGAGGGGUCAAAAACCAACCUCUCAGACUCGGGCCCAAACCUUUCUACGGGGUCAAGAAAUAAUCUCUUCAAGACCAAAUUACUCAUUACUGCAGGGAUGGAACUUAACCUUAGGUCCAAAGCCAGAAUAAGGAUGAUACUGGACCAUUCAUUCUCAGGCUUCUGAGAAAUGAUGGCAGGAGUCCUAUUUAUAAAACCCGAGUAUUAUUACCUCAAAAGAAACAAUGUACAGUCAGAGUUCAGUGAUAAAAGGUGAAAUUAAUUCUUUUCUCCAAAAUUUUAUAUAUGAAUUUCUCUGACCUCAUCUCACCAUGUGCCCGUUUCCCAAAGCAGGUUUCGACCCUGCUUCAGUAACACUUUGGAAGGGAAGUCCACCAUCAGAGUUUCCAAUCAUUACGGCACAUUUACACACAAUCAGUAAUUCUAGAUACAUCUACCAGGAGACACUCACCAGGAGACACUCACCAGGAGACACUCUCCUGAAGACACUCACCAGGAGACACUCACCAGGUGACACUCUCCUGGAGACACUCACCAGGAGACACUUACCAGGAGACACUCUCCAGGUGACACUCUCCUGGAGACACUCUCCAGGUGACACUCACCAGGAGACACUCUCCUGGAGACACUCAUCAGGUGACACUCACCAGGCUACUGGAUCUAACGUUAGGUUCCAUCCCUGCUCAUACCGUCUCAACUGUACUGGAACAACACCAUGAAAUGUGUGUUUGUCUGAAUGGAUGAGCCGACAGAUACUCAUUGUGUGAUACGCGUGUGAUGUCUGUGAGUGGAGGUGAUGUACAACUGCUGUAUGUUGAGAUGCAAGCUGCGAUGCUGAGAGAUUCUCCACCACAGCCAACAAGUGCUAAUGUUCAGUUCGCUCUCGUUAUCAUUUUAUCAAUGUCUUGCCUUUUAUUUAUAUUUUUUAAUUGAAAUCAAAUCAAAAUCAUUAAUGGAGUGAAACAUGUUUUUGUACACGAAUAUCAAAGCAUUUAAUAUAUUAGAAACUAGCGUGGCAUUAGAGUCUGUACAUACUUGUUUUAGGUUUUCAUGUCUCAUUGUGUAUAGUUCAUUCACAUACCAUGGCUGGUCGGAUCUGCUCAGACGACGCACGGUGUAUAUUAACAAAUUCGAAUGUGUCUUCACAGAAAAUCUCCUCUCUUGUUGAAAUCCUUCCCUUUGAUUUUCUGUAUAUACGACUUGAGGAUAGUGUCUGAGAAACAAUUCAAAACCUAUGUUACGAGUAAAAUAUGAUUAUCGUCCACGUCACAGCAGUGAUGAAAAUCAAAUAUGAGAUAAUGCGUGAGGAUUUGAUUUUGUUUGUUUAAGUCUUGAAUAAGGCAUUCUAAUAUUGUCAACAUAUUGGUGUGUGUUACCUCAGGGAUGUCUUCAACAGAUGCUGACAGGAGUUACCUCCCCUUGUUUGUUAGGCGUCUGCUUCGACGGAUAUGAUAAUCCACCACAACCAGUAUAGACAAUGUUUGUGUCCAGAUCCACUCAGUCAAUAUUGAUUUCCGUUACUGUUUCUGUUACCGCUAUAGGGCUGGCUACAAGUUUCAAAAACAGUAUUUUCAAAGUUUCGCUGUUUGUACAUCUCUGUCCAUCCAGACUAUUUUUAUCAUUUUAGUUGAGGAUCUACCUUGUGAUGUUUUUAUUACUUAAGACCUGUACAGUUAUUUCUCCGUCAGAUGGAGGAUUGUUUUCUCAGCCGAACAUACGAGUCACAUUCUGCACAAGGUGCUGCAUGGUCGAUGAAACACCAAUUUUGCAUAUAUAUCAGCAAUUUGUUUUUAAUUCUUGCCGAUUCUGUAAUACUGGUCUCAGAAGAAGCAUAAUACACAAAAGAUCAACCAUCUUAACAGAAACAGCCAACAAGAGGCAGGUUCAGUCUGGUCAGGUUCUGACUGGUUGGAACCGGUUUUGACUGAUCGCAGCCAGAAUGAGGUGCAAUGAGAAGAUUGCAAAUCAUUUGUUGAAAACUUGUUUAUUUGCAUACAAAGUGUAUAUAUUUGCAGAAUAUAUAUAAAUAAUCUUAGUUAGCUGUACUGUAUGUAACACUGUCCGUUGGUUUAAGCAUUGAAAGUGCAAUAUUUAAGUAUUCAUGUGCCUUCUGCCUGGUCAGCCGGGGGCAGCAGCUGUGUGUGCAGGAGCUUCAUCGAUCAUAUCACAGAAAGGCAGUCGGAACUCUGUAGAUAGUGAUGUCAUAGCCUUAAAUUUUGACUAGCCAAUCUCAACUAGCUGGAAUGGUGCCACAAUUGACAUCUUGUACUAUGAGUGUGUGUGUCCGACUAGCCAGUUUGAAGGUCCUAUUAUUUUUGCUGACUUAUUGUUUUAGGACUGGUCUCAAAUGAAUUGGGGUCAAGUUGGCUUUUUUUUAUCUGUGUAACUCUUUCCACAUCAGAGGUUUUAAUAUUUGGUCAAAACACAAACAUUAUUUAUUUAUGUCUAAAACAUUAUCGUCACUCAACAUCUUCAAUCUAGCUUCUCAAAUUUGAGUAUCUACAUAUCUUGUAUGUCUUGAUUAAACUCAUGAUUUAUGGUA